CGCCUGGUUCAGCUCGUUGCGCGUCGAGGCCGUGUGCCGCACCUCGUGCAGCGCGUGGUCGGCGUCCGCGGCCUUCGCCUCGGCGUCGCGAGCCCUUGCGUCGGCGGCGCGCAGCGCGCGCAGCGCCUCCGCGGAUGUGCUCUCGGCGGAUUCCCACUCGUUGUGCGUCUGCUGGCGCACCGCUACCACCAGAGCGCCCACCAGGAGGACGGCGGCCAGGGCCUUGAGCGGCGCUUUGUUGUGCCAUGGCUGCGGCUUGCCGCGGUGUCGUCGCAUUUUUUUUUAAUUGCUGCUUGGACUAGCUUUGCAUCAAAUGCUGCCCCUUGCUAUUUUGUUUGUUUCUCCUUGCAACUACGCCGUCGCAAGGGUUAGUCUAGCGUCCGUGAUCGCUUAAAUAAACAAAAAUAGCUGCCCUUGCGGCUGCCCUUGAUUUUUCGG